AUUUCAAAAUCUGUAUAGUGUAUGCAGGAAUGACCUGAAAAGAGUUAUUGUCAACCAUCAUUUAUAAACUGAAUAUUGAGGAGGGAUAAUGUUUCUGUUUUGCCUUCUACUUCAUUUACUGGUGAUCAACCCAGCACAAUCUGCUGAAGCUGAUAUUGAGGAUGACAAAGAGCUCGAGGUUUCUACAUUUAGUGGGUCUCACUGUUUGAAGGAUGAAUAUGAUUAUUCCUCUGAACUCAGGAGAGACGGAGUUUGGGAGGCAAUGCUUAACCAAGUUUGGGCUGAUUUUAUAAAUACAGUUAACAGGGAGAAAGAAUUGUACGGAGUGAAUAUUGAACCGCUUCAGCUGAGUCCUCUACUCGGAGAGAAAGUGGAACUAUCCAGAACACUUCUAGGUUACCAGGUCAACCUGACUUUUUGGGAUAUGUGGGUUCAAGGCAUGUCUGGAUUAGUUCUCCAAGAUGUACAGUUCAAGAGAGAUGAAAGUUUAUCUAUUGUUAGAACCCAUGCUAUUCUCACUACUCCAGAGCUUGAGUUGGAUGGAUUCUAUAAGAUGGAAGGAGAAGGAGGUGGAGCCUGGUCAUGGGUCGGAGCUUCUACCAUCAGUUCUCAGGGAGCUCAGAAGUUCUCAAUCUCAAUGAAGAAUGUGAGAAUUGUUUGUGAACUUCACAUUGAUCUAGUAGAGGCUUGUUCAGAUAAAGACAAUGCAGUGAUUACAAGGAUCAGCUUUCCUCUUCAAUAUGAGAAUGUUCAUUUCAACUUUCAAAAUAUAGGAUCCAUAUUGGGCACUGUCGUUGAUGUGCUCGGACGAAUUGUUAUUGAGAAUCAGAAGAACGCUCUUGUUACCUUAAUCACUGAAGGAAUUGCGAGGGAGAGUCCAGGGCUACUUUGUGGAUCCAGGUACUCCAACUACCCUAAAGAACCUCAACUGAAUGAGCUGCACCCUGAUCAGGACUGGAAUACAAUAAUUAACAGGCAAGGAGGUUUACUCUACCGGGAUAGGCUGGCGGAGAGAACAGUUGAGAAGGUUUUUAAGGAGAGUAUUCUAUCACAUCUCACCAACAAUACAAGUCCACUGAGACAGGCUUUAGAUCCUCUUCCGCUGUUCCCUUUGGAAUUUGAUCUCAGAAAACGAGUAUUCAGAGCUAAUGUGGCAGUGUGUAACGUGUACCUACACAAUAUAAAGAAAAUCAAGGAUUUUAACAUUAUAUUACUUAGAGAUAGAUCUCUUCAAUACAGCGCAUUAAGAGUUACUGCAACCCUGCCUUUGUCUUGGAUGACUGGAGAAUAUAAAAUGAAAAAAGGAGUUUUUCUAUCAAUAUUCCCCGUUAAAGCUGGAGGAGACUUUAAUAUUGAUUUCAAACAAAACGUCGUAAGGAUGAUUGUUGUUCUGAGAAAUACAACUCAGGGAUUAGUGCUUGAACAUUUCAGUGUAGAUUCAGAAUGGAGAGAAACUACAUUCUCGUUUGAUGGUGUACUUCAAGGCCUGGGGGAGCUGGCUGAUAUGAUGAUGAAUGAACUAGGUGUCGGGGAAAUCAUUGUUAAGAAACAGAAGAGCUGGGUGAUGGACGAGAUCAAGGAGUAUACCAGGGGGAUGGCAGAGUGUGUGAUGUGGCGACCUUCUCUAGGAUUAGAACUGUGUAUGCGCCAAUUCUGGAUUGAGCAAGGGUGGAGCUAUCCGUGGACCUAUCCAACCUGCAGUUAGAAUUGGAAAUAACUAUUUUCUCUUGUUAUAGUAUAGUAUAAAGUAAAGUAGAAUGUGAAUGGAAUAGUAUAUGUACUACAGUUAAAUACAGAAUACCUUUACUUUG